AUUUCUCUCCGGCAUAAACUUGCAUUUUAAGUUAUGUCAACACAAUUUCUUUCAAAACUAAGCCAAAAUUAUAUUGAAAUAUUGGCAGAUGAUGAAUAUUAUGACGUCACAAUUGAAAUUGGCGAAGAUCCUAAUGUGAAAAUUCUUCGUGCUCAUAUGAAUAUUUUGUGUUACCGUUCUCCAUAUUUACGACGAACUUUAGCGUCUAAUAAAAAAAAUAAAGCCAAUAUUUUGUCUCAUAUUAAAUUACCAAAUAUAUCACCUGAGGUCUUUCAAAUUAUUUUAAAGUAUAUUUAUGGUGGUAUUCUCUCAUUGAAUGAUCAUGACACUUCAGAAAAUUUCAAAAUUUUAUUGGCUGCGGAUGAGCUGCUUCUUCAAGAGGUAGUUGAUUAUUUACAGAAAUAUUUUAUUGAGAAUAAGUCUGAAUGGAUGGAACAACAUUUUGAACUUGUUCAUAGAACAAGCUUUCAAUC